CAAAUACAAAGAAUAAGCGAGCACAUACUGUCAACAGAAGAAGUAACUGAACAGCCCUAUGCAAAGAUGUUAAUCGAUUUAACCCCGUCCCUUUCAAGCGGCUCUGUGAACUCUUGGAAGCACCGUCAAUCCGAACGAUCAAAAUGCAACCAGCCAACAAACGACAACCGCAUCCAAAGAGAGACAACGGCCAAGUUCGCGAGUUGCUGGCGUGACUUGGUAACUUAAUUGCUCGCCACCGUCGUCGUCCUCAUCAGAAUGCAGAUUAGUGCGGCGAACUAAGCUGCUGAGCCACCGACCGCAUCUUAAUCGUCGUACACUUACGGGCACAAACACAAACACACAGGUGUAAUCUAGCCUCUCCUAGGCUUUGUCUGUGGUACCGCUUGGAAAUUUGCUAGCCAGACAUAGCCUGACAGAGGUUAGGUGAAAUCUGAAAAGUCAACGAACGACCGGCAAUUUGGACGUCCAGCAAACGCAUUUAUACCUACGUAGAGUUGUAUAGAUACACAUGUGGUUUUUGUGAAAGGGUGUGAUUUGUGCGCGCACGCGGUGAUUUUCUGAGUGAUGAGUGGGCCGGGUCGGUCGAAACCGGAAGUGCCUGAAAGAUGAUGCGUCUUGAAAGCCGUGCCCAUAGACGAGCAGGCAAGCAGAGAAAUUCGUUUCACUCACCCACAACUCUAUCCAUAUCGAUUGGAUUGGGCCAAGCCUGAAGUGUGCAGCGCCAGCAGCCAGUCUGUGCGAAACCGUCCCCAGAAGCAGCAGAAGCCCUCGAAAUGGCAUCAAUCAGAAGAGCAUCGUCAUUAUCGUCAUCAUCGUGGUCGUCGUCGUUCCUCGUGGUGACAAUUACCCUAGUGUUGGUAGUGCUGACAAUUUGCGGUGAAAUUCAAACGGCAACCGCCGCUGCUACCAAAUCGGGCGAUGCGGCGCAGACUUCUGCAGUGGAUAAUCGCUCCAACGGCGUGCUCUCGGCGCCGAGAACAUUUGGCCGGAUACGAAUGCUCAAGAACGUCAUGCUACCGGUGAUGUUCAUAUUGGGUGGCAUCAAGACACUUUUAAUCUUCCUGGUAGCAAUCUCGCUCAAAACCCUUUUCGUCGCCUCGUCCAUCUUCGUGAUCAACAUCAGCCUUGGCCUGGCAAAGGUGAUCAACUUUUUCAAACAUGGCUGGGGAGCUCACCACGGGAAAGAUCUAUGGUCCUAUGGACAGGACAAGAACAUUCACAUCCAUAUCCAUUCGGACCCAAGCCACCACCUGUCGUUGGACGGACCUGUACCACCUCUGGCAACGGUGCACAGUAGUAUCUCACCGACCAUCCACAGCGAAGUCUUCCCGUACUCGAGAAGUGAUGUCAUCGAACCGAUCUACGCUUCCCCAUCGCAAAUCAACUCAUACACCAAGAUGUACGGAAUGCCCACUGCCCUGACCAACGUGCGCCCUCAGAGCUUACCGUAUACCGGCUGGCAACCCGCGAGUCGGAAGCGAUAGGGCGUGAUCUACCCUAUAAAACCUUAGGCUAAGCAAAGAACUCAUAGAGAAUAAUACCAAAUCAACCAAUGAACUCCCCUGUGAGAGUGCAGUGCACAGUGGUCCAGAUAGCCGAUUCACGAGAAGUGCAAUCUAUCACGUCAAUUUGCUCUCCGGGUCAUUGCGCAACGCGAGAAUAAACCGUUCACCACGUGUGUAAACAAGAUCUUCAUCGCGCAGGUUCAACACUUAUUUAUUGCGCCUCAAGGAGGUGGCGACUGUCUUGCCCCCUUCUUGGGCACUAGUUAACUCAGUUAGUAAUGUUUCCCAUUAGGAUGUAAGCGAAUUCGCGAGUUAAAACAUAAGUUUGGUUAAUUAGACCCUCUAAUUGACCGCUCAGAUGGAUGUUUUUGCCGGAGAGAUCCAACAAAUUGUUUGCGUGUGCGUUAGAGUAGGUAGGUAAAAGUAAAAGUGUGGUCAUAGAUCUGAGCUGAAUACUGAACCUAAUACCAAAAGGGUGAAUCGACGAAUGUGCGAGCGCGAACAUAACGAUCUGUAAGUGAAAAUAAAGAUGCUAAAUCGAUGUAAAUUACCGAAACAAAAAUGCAGUUUUUCUUCUCUCUGUAGACUCAUCGAUGCGUAGCGAGUGUUCAAUGUAGCGAUGAUGUGAGAGGAAAAUAUGAAACGAAUUCCUUAUUAGAUGUAGCCUAUUAAGUGUUGCUGACCGAAGAAUAUGGUUUAAAUGUCCAUUCACAGAAAUGGAUGCAUGAUUGGCACUGUUGACGUGAUGCAUUUUAGUUUUGAGUUUUGUGCUCGGAAGGAAAAACGCUGCGCUGGAUGCACAUAUCCAUUAUGAGAAAUGACAAAAUAAUGCUAUAUUGUGCAUAAAAAUAAGAAACAAAACAAACAAU